GUCGGAACUUAGACACCAAAAGCGGAAUCAAACGCCCGGCUGAUUACUCAGUGACUAGUAACUACGCAAUUAGUGAAAUAUUGUGUAUGGAGACGAAUUUUCGUCGCUGGUUGGCUUCUUUGGGCGUCAGUACCCCAUCGCCAACGUCUCAAGUGGAUGUCGAUCCUUCACCUGCCUUAACACUGAAUGUUUCCCCGCCUCCUGUCGAGGACGAUGAGGACGAUGGCGACGCCACAGAAACUGACGAUCGUCCACCAGCAUUUCCUGCUUUGGGGAGCAUUCAGCGAUCGCAAGAAGUCGCAGGAUUUCCCUCGCCUUCUGCGUCAGGUCCCACAGCCCGUGCGGCAGCAGAAGAUUCAAGGAGAAUGCCGCCGCCUUCCUUCUUGCCGUUACGACUCGGUGUUGCAAAUGGUACCGUGGCCGUAGGGAGCUCUUCCUCGGGUGGACUUGCGCUUCCGCCAUCGACUACGAAACCUCCCCCAAAUGUGAAUAAGAAAGCAAAGGUGCGGGAGAAAGUGGCACUUGCUCCAGGUCAUUCUUCAUUGGAUUGGGCAAGACUGAAAGCUUCAGGAACGGAUCUACGUGCUGGCGUCACAAUCCUCCUUCGAAUCACUCCUUCAGAACUGAAGCUCCAUAACAAACACGAUGAUGCCUGGGCAGCUUUCGGUGGGAAGGUCUACAAUAUUACUCCAUUCCUUCCAUUUCAUCCAGGUGGAGAGAAGGAGCUUUUGCGGGUUGCAGGGAGGGAUGGUUCGAGGCUAUUUGCCCUGACUCAUUCUUGGGUAAACCUUGACUACAUGUUAGAUGGUUGCGUGGUUGGACUCCUCGUUAAGGAUCGAUAAUCGAGACAUCUCUUAUCAAUGCCUAGACAUCAGGAGUACGCACGGACGCUGUAAUUAGGAUCAUGUUAUGCUUGCAAUAAUACAAUCUGGGAUGCGCAGGUCGUCACUUGUGAGGAGGGGAAGCUGAACGUCUCUCAUGCCUUCGAGAAUCCCUGCCCCUCUCCCUUUCUCUUUCUCCUUUCCCCCAUUCCCUAUGAUCCCUGUGGUCUCUGUAACUACGUCUGGUUUUCUCUUCCCUUCUUUUUCUG